AACCAUGUUCUGAUGCAGCAGGUGAGCAAAGCACUUCUUGCAGAAUACAGAGCAAAUCAGAAGAAAAACAAGCCAUUUGCGGGUUUGGGAUUAGAAUACAUGAACAAACCUCAGCCUACUAUCCCCUCACUGCUAACAAGUUCUACCAUCAGGAGCAGCCAAUCUCAGAUUGACAUAUUCCAUUCAAGAGAGCGAGAUCUCUUGAGUCGUUUUGCUGCAGAGGUGUCAGAAUAUCAAGCUAAGGGAGAAAGUGCAGAGUCUGCCUUCAUUCAAAGUUUUCAGCUUGCUGAGGACUUGGGUAGAGCUUUCUCAGAACGAGCGGUACUGCAAACCUUCAUGGACGCUGAAUCUACUUUACCCGCUGGUUCCCUGAAGAAUAUCUUCGGGCUUUUGAGAUCCUUGUAUGCUUUGACUUGCUUGGAUGAAGAUGCUUCCUUCCUCCGAUAUGGAUACUUGUCAAGAGAUGAAGCUGUUGAAGUGAGGAAAGAAGUGACAAAACUAUCUUCUGAACUCAGACCCCACGCACUAGCCCUGGUCAGUUCCUUUGAUCCUGAUGCUUUUUUGAGCCCUAUUGCUUAUGACUGGAUCGACUCAAAUGCUUGGGCCUCUGUUGAACAUUAACUGCUGGUGCAAAAUUUCUGUGCUUAUGAUGUUGUAUUUAGUAUUUUGUGUCAACUAGACACAUUUUCCCAUGUAAUGUAUGGAGUUAUAUAUUCAUAAUUAUGAAUAACGCAACUUGUUACAAAUUUGUAAUAUA